AUGGAGUCUUCCAAGAUCUUCAUGAGACAGCUGCCGGUCACACCGGGCUACAGUGGCUUCGUCCCGUACCUGAGCUGCGAGGGGACCUCCAGCGAGGGACACAUGUCCCAGUGUCUGCACACCUUCCGGGAGAAAACCCAGCAAUACAGAGACCAGCUGAAGGAAUUCCACUGCUCGGUGGCUGCGGCCCCGAAACUGAAGCCCAUCUGCUCCGAGGAGACGGUCCUGCGGGCAUUGCACCAGUACUAUCGGCAGCACCACCCCUUGAGUCUGGAAAGCAAAUGCAUAAAGAAACCUCUGCAGGAGCCCCCGAUCCCUGGCUGGGCGGGCUACCUGCCCAGAGCCAGGGUCACUGAAUUAGGCUGCGCCACCCGGUACACUGUCAUGGCCAGAAACUGCUACAGGGACUUCCUGGACAUCGUGGAGCAGGCCAAGAGAGCGCACUUGAAACCGUAUGACGAAAUAUAUGGAGUUCGGGCCACUCAGCCUCCUCCCGCUCCCUCUCCAAAGGCUUUGCAGCAGGAGGGGCUGCUGCCCAAAUACCCGGACUGUUCUAUUCCAGGUGGUAGCUGUCCUGCCCUCGGAAGAGCCCUGGGAGAGGACCCCAGACCUCCGGUGACUUGUGGCUGUGCCCAGGGGCAAAAUCUAUUGACCACGGGAAGAGAGCGGCAGCCCCUGUCCUCAGCCAAGUCUGCAGAAGGCUAG